AUGACUAUUCACCUUACUAUUCUAUCAUGUUUAUUACUAUUCUAUCAUCAAGAGUGGCCGAGUGGUCCAAGGCGUCCGUUUCAGGUACGGAUCUCUUCGGAGGCGUGGGUUCAAACCCCACCUCUUGCAUCUUUUAAUAGUAUAUUCCUACUAUACUUCCACCUAUACUAUACUAUACUAUACUCUUAUAACUUAUACUUUAUACCUUAUACUUUAUACCUUAUAUCUUAUAUCUUAUACCUUAUACUUUAUACUUUAUAUCUUUUCUAUAUGUUUUAUUCUAUAACUACUAUAACUAUAUCCUUUAUACUUUUCCUCUACUUAUCUAUUUUAUGUAUACUACUUAUACUAGAUAUGUUAUUAUGUUCAUAUCCUACCACACUUACUCUUUAUCUUUAUUCUCUAUAUAUUUAUACUUGUCUAUAUUCUAUAUUUUUGUAUCAUCUAGUAUGUUUCUAUUAG